UGUGUAUAUUACUGGCGAGUGAGCCGCUAGGAAGCUAGGAGGAGUUGCGGCAAGGUCGGCAACAGCAUCCUGCCCUGAAUUAAAGGAAGACGCUAGCUCGACGGACUGAAGUUUGGUGGGAGACAAGGAAAAUUACAGCCUUUUGAUAUUUACGGCUGCGGAAGAACAAGUCAGUAGGUAACUUAAAAGUUUCCAUCUUGUUUCGCACAAACGUGGAAUUGUCUGUUCCCGCGGUCCAUACGGCUUUCCAAGCGCAUUUCGCUAAAGAGUUCAGAGAACGGCACAGUGCUGCUUGUCGUGGACCAACUUGUUCUCGAUUGGUUUGUGGCCCUAACGUGCUUUCUCAUCUACGGUUUUCCCGUUAGUUUGCGUUGAGUGUGCCAUGUCGGCGCCAUCAACCACAGCUCCCGCUCCAGGAGAGAACGCCCCGGUGGAGAAUGAUUUUUUAGCCCCUGACGCGGGGCAGAAGCCGCCUGGUCCGACGCCUAGUCAGAGUCGUUUCCAGGUGGAUCUUGUGGCUGAGGCUGCUGCCGCAGCCGUAGAUGAGUCGCCGAGUUCUGAAGCUUCCAACACUGUCCCAUCCGGCUACAAGGCCACUGUUGAUGCUCCUCCCGAAUACCCGGGGACAAGCGGAGAGGAAGCUAAAGGACGCUUUCGGGUGGUGAACUUUAUAGACCCAAGCGGGGCUGGGAGUCCGGUUUCUCCAGAGGCAGCGCCUGUCGAAGGGAUGCAGAAUGGGGACACUGUGAUGAGCGAGACUAGUUUACAAUCAUCCACUGGCGGCGGCCAGCAUCACUAUCACUAUGACACCCACACGAACACCUAUUACCUGAGGACCUUUGGCCAUAAUACCAUCGAUGCCGUGCCCAACAUCGAUUUCUACCGCCAUACAGCCGCACCGUUGGGGGAGAAGCUUAUCAGACCCACCCUGUCAGAGUUACAUGACGAACUGGACAAGGAACCUUUUGAAGAUGGGUUUGCCAAUGGUGAUGAGCUGACCCCAGCUGAGGAAGCUGCAGCAAAGGAAGCUGCUGAAUCUAAAGGAGUUGUCAAAUUUGGCUGGAUUAAAGGAGUUUUGGUCCGCUGUAUGUUGAACAUAUGGGGUGUGAUGCUCUUCAUUCGUAUGUCCUGGAUUGUGGGUCAGGCUGGAAUUGCUCUAUCUUGUUUAAUUGUUGCCAUGGCCACUGUAGUGACAACAAUCACUGGACUCUCCACUUCUGCAAUUGCAACCAAUGGGUUUGUACGAGGAGGCGGAGCAUACUACUUGAUUUCAAGGAGUCUGGGCCCAGAAUUUGGAGGUUCUAUUGGUCUAAUUUUUGCCUUUGCCAAUGCUGUGGCUGUGGCCAUGUAUGUGGUGGGAUUUGCUGAGACAGUUGUGGAACUGCUUGCUGGUGUGGAUGCCCUCAUGACGGAUGAAAUCAAUGAUAUCAGAAUUAUAGGUACCAUUACUGUUAUCCUUCUCCUGGGCAUAUCUGUUGCAGGCAUGGAAUGGGAGGCAAAGGCCCAGAUCUUCUUGCUGUUUGUACUCAUCACAGCAAUCAUCAACUACUUCAUUGGAACUUUUAUUACUGUUCAGUCAAAGAAAUCUCUCGGCUUCUUUGGCUACGAUGGUUCUAUCAUGUGGGAAAACAUGGGUCCUGACUUCAGGAAAGAAACUUUCUUUUCUGUUUUUGCAAUCUUUUUCCCUGCAGCUACUGGUAUUUUAGCCGGUGCCAACAUUUCUGGAGACCUUGCAGACCCACAACUGGCCAUACCCAGAGGAACAAUGCUUGCCAUAUUAAUCACUGGAAUAGUUUAUCUGGGAGUUGCUGUUUCUACAGGUUCCUGUAUUGUGAGAGAUGCCAGUGGAAAUGACACAGUCACCUCUCAGUUCCUAAUGAAUUGCACAGAUGCUUCUUGCAAGUUUGGCUAUGACUUUUCUGCUUGUAAGAGAGACAAAGAUAGCUGUCGCUAUGGUCUACACCAUGAUUAUCAGGUUAUGAGCAUGGUUUCGGGUUUUGGACCUAUCAUUACAGCAGGAAUUUUCUCUGCCACCCUGUCCUCAGCACUAGCAUCGUUGGUCAGUGCACCCAAAGUAUUUCAGGCUUUAUGUAAAGACAACAUUUACCCAGGCCUUGGAAUGUUUGCGAAAGGUUAUGGCAAGAACAAUGAGCCUCUCCGAGGCUACAUCCUGACCUUUGUGAUCGCUCUUGUUUUCAUCCUAAUUGCUGAACUGAACAUAAUUGCCCCAAUCAUCUCUAAUUUUUUCUUGGCCUCCUAUGCAUUGAUCAACUUUUCGGUGUUCCAUGCCUCAUUGGCUAACUCCCCGGGAUGGCGUCCCAGCUUCAAAUACUACAACAUGUGGGUUUCGCUUGCGGGAGCUGUACUGUGCUGCGUGGUAAUGUUUGUCAUCAACUGGUGGGCUGCUCUCUUCACCAACGUCAUUGUUCUGGGACUCUAUAUUUAUGUCAGCUAUAAAAAGCCUGAUGUGAACUGGGGCUCAUCGACCCAGGCUUUGACCUACCAUCAGGCUCUCACCCACACUUUACACCUCAGUGGAGUAGAAGACCACAUUAAGAAUUUCAGACCCCAGUGUCUGGUGAUGACUGGUUACCCUAACUCCCGUCCAGCUCUUUUGGACUUGGUCCACAGCUUUACUAAGAAUGUGGGUCUGAUGAUCUGUGGUCAUAUUCGAACGGGUUAUAGAAGGCCAAACUUUAAAGAUCUGGCAACAGACCAGUCUCGGUAUCAGCGCUGGCUGCUCAAGAAUGAAACAAAGGCUUUCUACACACCAGUGUUCGCAGAAGACAUGAGGCAGGGAAGUCAGUACCUCCUCCAGGCUGCAGGUUUAGGCCGUCUAAAACCCAACACUCUUGUGCUUGGUUUCAAAAAUGAUUGGAGAAACGGUGACAUGAUGAAUGUGGAGACGUACAUCAGUAUGAUUCAUGAUGCCUUUGACUUUCAGUAUGGUGCUGUUAUUUUGAGAUUGAAAGAAGGACUGGAUGUGUCGCAUAUCCAUGGACAAGAUGAUUUGAUAUCGUCCCAAGAAAAGUCCUCUGGGAUGAAAGAUGUGAUUGUGUCCAUUGACACCAGCAAAGAUUCUGAUGGGGAUUCAUCCAAGCCGUCUUCCAAAGCUACAAGUAUCCAAAACAGUCCAGCUUUACAAAAAGAUGAUGAAGAUGAUGGCAAAUCUACAUUCCAGCCCCUGUUGAAAAAAGAUAAGAAGAACAUGAGUGUGCCAUUGAAUGUAUCUGAUCAGAGAUUGUUGGAGGCCAGCCAGCAGUUCCAGAAGAAACAAGGGAAGGGCACAGUUGAUGUCUGGUGGCUGUUUGAUGAUGGAGGUUUGACUCUACUUAUUCCCUAUCUGUUAACCAACAAGAAGCGAUGGAAGGAUUGUAAGAUUCGUGUUUUUAUUGGUGGCAAGAUAAACAGGAUUGACCAUGACCGCAGAGCAAUGGCAACUCUGCUGAGCAAAUUCAGGAUAGACUUCUCAGACAUCACUGUGCUGGGAGACAUAAACACCAAGCCCAAAAAGGAGCACAUUGCUGCCUUUGAUGAGACGAUUGAGCCCUAUCGGUUGAAAGAAGACGACAUGGAGCAGGAGGCAGCUGAACGUUUGAAAAACAGCGAACCCUGGCGGAUCACAGACAAUGAGCUGGAGCUUUAUCGUGCCAAGACUAAUCGUCAGAUCAGACUCAAUGAGCUACUUAAGGAACACUCCAACACAGCCAACCUCAUUGUCAUGAGCCUGCCAUUGGCCAGAAAGGGUGCAGUGUCUAGUGCCCUGUACAUGGCCUGGCUGGAGGUGUUGUCUAAGGACUUGCCACCCAUCCUUUUGGUGCGUGGCAACCACCAGAGUGUUCUAACUUUCUACUCUUAAAAGCAACAAAAAUAACACAUGAGGAAUGAUUCUUACAUCCACCUACUGUGUCUGUUUGACAUAGUCUGCUCGACUGUGUCGGUUAGACAAACAUAAUGACGAUUGAGUUAAAAAAAUAAAGUGACAUGAUUAAAAUACAGAAUGGAUUGUGCUGAGGAAAAAUACAUAGAAUUCAAGUGGUGAGUGUAGGGUGCUUUUUAAAAUUUACCAACUUUUUUUUUUUUUUUUGUUCCUGAAAUGUAUUUUCUCCAAUCUGAUUCACAUAUGGGAAUGUCAGUUUCUCAAAACGGUUCUACAAAAAAAAAAGAUUAUUGCAUCAUCUUCAAUUUGGUGUGACAUGGAAUGAUCGCACUUGUUAUUACAAUGACUCAACCCGUUAAUGUUAAUGUUUGUGAAGCCUCAAUAUUUAAUUACCUUGCUGCUUUCCUUAAGUACUUGGAGAGAAGCACAUAGAAUGCUUUGCAACACCUUUUUAAAGCCUUAUGGAUGUGCCUUCCAUUUAAUCACAUUAAUCUCUAGUUAGAUGACAAUGUUACUUAUUAUAUGAAAUAGUAGUUCAUUUUAUUGAUUUUUUUCAAAUAUGAGUCCUUCUUAGUGGAGUGAAUUGCAUGAAUAGAAGGGGUCUAUUCGUUUUAACUCUUCCCACUUUGUUGUGUUGGGCUGUUGUUAUUCUCUGCAUUAACUUUUGAGUCUUCCUUUUAAAAUAUUGUAAUAUUUCUAAUGCCUCAACUACUCUGCAAAAGACACGAUUAGGCUUUUAAACAAAUGCCUAAAGCAUUGAUAGAAUGGUCUUGAGUUGAAGAUUUAAUUUGUGGCUGUCAUUUUUCAUUUGCUGCAGUGUGUCACAUUAACAGUAGCCUAUUGCAGCUCAUGUAGGUUCACAGGUUAGCCUAUUGCAGCAUAUGUAGGUUCACAGAUUAACCAAAUGGUUUCAUUCAACAAAAUGUUUGUUCCUUGUAUUUUACCCCUGAACACGUCACUAUCGAACAAGCUAGUAAACUUUGCCUUAAUACCAGAACUGAUUCAAGUUUUUGUAAGCCAUACUUGUUAGUUCAACUUCUUGUUUUCAGCACAAAUAGACAACCGCAACUACUGUAUGUAUGUAUUAACGCGUAUGUAUGUAAUCACCGUCCGCCCAUAAUGGUCUCUUGAAUUGUUUAAUGUAGCACAGCUCUGCAAGUAGCAGGUUCUGUGGUGACUCAACAUAUAACACAUCCAGCAAUCAUACAGUUUAGAUUUACUAUUGUACUCACAUCCUCUUUAUCUUGUUUGUCUUCAGGAUAUAUGAUGAACUGCUAGUCUUAUCCAUAGUGACCUUUUUUUCAAACUUGAAAGAUUUACAGUUCUGAAUAAUGUAAAAUUGAAAUUUGAAAAACCUAUACCACUAUGCAUUUUCACGUGUGUCACAUAUGUAAUAAAAGUCCAUCUCUCAAUUUGAAAGGUC